CAAGUGUGCAGAAAAAUAUAGUGGAGCGGUUUUUUGUGCCUGUUAUUAAAAAGCAGCUUUGAAAAGCAGCAAUAGGCAGCCCGCAUGGAACGAGCAGGAAGCAUCCAACUUGAUAUUCCGGACUUCAGCAACUCCGUCCUGUCGCAUCUGAACCAGUUGCGAAUACAGGGCCGUCUGUGUGACAUUGUGGUCAAUGUUCAGGGCCACAGUUUUCGUGCCCACAAGGUGGUCCUCGCCGCCAGCUCACCCUACUUCAGGGAUCACAUGUCACUGAGUGAGAUGAGCACCGUGUCCAUAUCAGUAAUCCGCAACCCAACCGUGUUCGAGCAGCUCCUUUCCUUCUGCUACACGGGACGCUUGUGCUUGCAGCUCGCUGAUAUCAUCAGCUACCUGACGGCUGCCAGCUUCCUUCAAAUGCAGCACAUUAUUGACCGUUGCACCCAGAUUUUAGAGGGAAUCCACUUUAAAAUCAGUCUGUCAGAUGUGGAAGAGGAGAUCGGGAACGGGGUCCACAGGACCGCCAACCAAACCAUUGAGUCAGGAAGAGGUGGGACCGGGCUAGGUGGGUCCCGCUCCCUAAGUCCCAGACAUACUAGUUCCCGAUUGAUUAGCAACACUGGGGUGAUCAACAUCCGUGAUGUGAGGGAAGUCCGAGAGAUCAGUCCCCCUGGGGAGUCCAUGAGUCCCCAGAUUGUGGAGCACAGUGGCAUUGGCUCAGAGGAGGUGGGAACUGGGAAAGAGCCCAUUCUCCGUAUCAACCGAGCUGGGCAGUGGUAUGUCGAGACGGGGACUGAGGUGGAGAGAGGAGGAGAGGAGAACGUGCGGAUGGUGGAUGGGUUUCGGAUUAAGACGGAAAGGAUGGAUGAGUGGAUGGGAGCGGAGACCCAGGCAUCGACGGAAGAGGGCAGUGGGGCCGAGGAGGGGCCGACAGUGAUGAUUGACACCUCAGGACGUAGCACACUGGUGCAGGAAGGAGGAAGAGGUGGGAAAAGCUCCCAGCCGUCCAGUAGCAUCAGUGAAACAGAGAGGUUUAGUCCAACAGGAAGUGUGGUUGUGAUGGCUGAUCACCAGAGAGCCAAGAGUGAGUCUCCAGGAAGAGUUGACGAUCAGAGACACCCCACCUCACAGGGAGAGGAACAAGCUGUGUUUGACAUGGGGGGAUAUGAGGAGUACCUACGAGAACAGGUAGGUGAUCGGUGGUUCCGCUACAAUCCCCGUCUCACCUGCAUUUACUGCUGCAAGUCCUUCAACCAGAAGGGCAGCCUAGAUCGCCACAUGCGCCUGCACAUGGGCAUUACCCCCUUUGUUUGCCGAAUCUGCGGGAAGAAGUACACCCGCAAGGACCAACUCGAGUACCACAUCCGUAAGCACACAGGAAAUAAGCCUUUCCAUUGCCACGUCUGCGGCAAGAGCUUCCCGUUCCAGGCAAUCCUCAACCAGCACUUCCGCAAAAACCAUCCAGGCUGCGCCCCACAGGAGGUGUCCCAUAGUGCCUCGCCCGAGACUACCACGGUCACCUCCCGUGGAGGCCAAAAUGAAGAUGAGUCGCCCUCCCAGGAGGAUGCUGAGGGCAAUGGUGGAGGUGAUGGCUCGUCCUUCGGAGAAGGUGUCCAACCUUCGGUAUCCACCACUGGGCCCGACUGAAAAGCUUUGAAGGAAAACGUCACAAGUUUAGAGAGAGACACAGGACAGCGGGGUCCAACAGAACCUUCUCUUGAGAAAUCCCUCUGUCCCUUGUCUCCCACCAUCCACACUGAAAUUACAAGUUGGAAGGAGUUGAGUGAGCAGGAGGUUCUCUCAGCUGCUGUCAAUGAGGAACGGAUAAAAAAGGAAGAGUCUUCUGUGUCCUACUUGGACGAAGAUCCUCUAUUUUUUCCAGUGAUAACAAAGAUGCAAGGAACAAUUUGGUAGGAAUAGUAUUCUCUAGGGAUUUAUAAAUGGUAUUUCCGCUUUAAACCACAUCUACCUUCACCAUACAAACUGAACAGGACAUCAAUAUAUGAAGACAAGCCACACUCCAACAACCUCACACACCACUGGAUGCAGUGAUUUUUUUGUUUUUUUUUGUUUUUAGUCUUUCCUGUCUUUUAUAUGUUACUUUUUUAUAUUUUUGUACUACUACAGAUCUUUCAGGAUAAACUAAAAGAGAAGCUCUAGCUAUGAUUUGGUCAAAUUGCGUCAAAAUUGCCAAACUUUUCUGUGCCAGAAGAUGAGUUAUAAAAAGAGAGGACAUCGUAGUCCUUUGCUACUUUGCCUUGAGACAAUCUUGAGAAAUUAACCUGGGGCUAGACUUUGCGCUCCCCAGCCAUGGCAAGCUUAGGAAAACGGGUUCAGUUUUUUAUUAGGGACCCUCAGGUCUGACCUAACAUCAGAUUCUUGAUUUAUUUUUUCGUUUUGUGUUAAGUGCCGAUCCGGCCUGCCAUAGAACUGAAACACAUUGCUCACACUUAGCCUCAACACAAAGGAAAUUGUCGUUAUAGAACUUUGGGUUUAUAACAAGAAAAACUUGCAUCAUUAUUUUACUUUUAAUGUUGGUGGUAAUACUGUGAUAUAGGCACUCUGGUGAAAAGACGUUGGUAGAGUAUAGCAGUGACGUAUAUAUUUAUUUCAAGUUUAGUUCCCAUUAAGGCUUUCAUACAUCUCUGAACUCAACAACUCUGAAUGUUGGCGAUACAGUGAUAUAAAACAAGGAAGUCCUUCAACCUCAGAUAAGCUACAAUAGACCGCUCAGUUACCUCUCUCUCACAUCACUUCGCAAUACCGAUCUGUCACACGCAGAUGCAUGGAUGCACUCAGCUGAAUUUUAUGUUCAGUGUUUAUUUCUUUUCAUACGUUUUAAGUCGCUCGUUGAGAUUCGCUAGUCGCACCAACUUGUUUUACUGGUCUGGCAAUACUUUGUUUGUAAGAAUGUGUUUGAGCAGGGGUAAGUGGUCUCUCAGAGGAUGUAACCUCGCUCCUUUUUUGUGUCAAGUGAAAAGAAAUGAGUCUAAGGCUGAGACGAACCAAAAUGCGGACUUGGUCGUUGAUGCCGUUUAGGAAAACGGAAACCGUAUGUCUGUGAUGACUGGGAUACGCCGAAAUGCCACGGAAUGACUUUGAGUGUAAGAUUUUCCUUCAUCUGAUGGAAGGCACUUUAACCUUGGGGUCAAGUUCCUUUACACUUGGCUUAUGAACAGAUGUUUCCAGCUGGUGCUUUCAGUAACCAAAGGAACUGAAAUUUAUUGUGGAAGUUCUUAAACCCUUAAGAUUUGGAGGGCGAAGAGGAAAAAAAGAGAUUACAUCAGGCACUUAAAAAAUGGGAUGGGGGUGUUUUUGUUUUGUUUUUAGAAUAUUUGUAUAUCUAUAUACAUGUCACUUAUGCAUAUUUAGGCAAAUUUAUACUUAUAAUAACUAUACAGAGACAGUUUCUAGAAUGAUCCACAAAAGCAAAGGUGUUUUAAGUGAAAGUAAUGCUGUUAUCAUUUUUUUAAAGGCUGUGAAUCACACUUGGUUGUGACUGAUUUUUUAGGAAAGGGUCGAUGCAUAUAAAAAUCAGCUACUGAUGUUUCCAAUAGGGAUUUUGUGCACCUCACUUAAUAUCAACACAGGUUAGAACUUACUUUUACCAUUACUCGCAUCUGUGAACACAGGUCAGCAGGUAAACACUUCUUACAAAUAUCAGGAACUCGCUGUUUACUUUUGGUGUUUACCUUUUUUUUUUUGGUUUGUACGAAGCGGAUUUUCUUACUUAGAAUUCUAGCUCUGGGUAACUUGGGUCAACAUAUUUCACAAGUGCAGCAAAAAGAAAAAGAAAAAGAAA